CACAUUCCACGCUUUGAACUCAUCACACACUGCCGCCUCGUGGUCGAGCGAAUAAACGCGCGAAACGCAGUCCAUCACGCCGAAGAUUUGAAAAUUUGAACAUUCAACGAGGCUUGCGGUACGACGAUUUAGUGUUACGAGUCACAGGCACGGGCGUGCGACGUCAGUUGGGACGAACAUUUGUUGUCGACGGGACGCACGUUUCCCCAGAGGAUCGCUAUAAUUGAGAGAUCGCGACGGCGAUCACGAACAACGUUCUGCGAUCGUGUCUCUGAUCGGCGUAUCGAACGUGGUGGGUAAUCGGGGAACGCAGCCCAGGAUUGGAAGAUUGUUUUUUUUUUUUACAAAUUUUUCGUUCGUUCGAGGACAAGGAUUCAACGCAACAUGGCGACCAGUUUGCAGAACUGUUUUGCUUUCAGGAUAUUCUUCUUUUGAUAAAACCAGCAAAUUGCUGCGUGUAUGCUAUGUAUGAUUUAAAACUACAAAAGAGAGAGGGAAAAACGAAGAACGCAGAUGAAAUAAAGGCACAUUAAAUCUCAAAUGACAGAAACAAUAAACAAUUUGGAACUUUAAAAGCAUACGUCUUGCACAAAGUUGUACAUAUAAAAUUAAUAUAAGUAACUCAAUUUAGGAAUUAAAAAAUUUGAUAAUAGUUAAGAACAUACAAAUUAUUUUCUUUGCUUUAUAUAAAUUUUUCUUUUGCAUAUAGUUGUUUAUAUACGUGUGAAAUUGUUAAUCAUUAAUUUACAUUACAAUUUGUUCUUACAACUGUGUAUUUCACAUGCAUAUAUAUAUGUAUAUACACACACAUACAUAUUUAUAAAUUAUAUAGUGUCUCAUUAUUAAAUUUCUAAUUUCAUCAUUGUACAAUCUUGUCUCCUUACGUCAUUACAAAAUUGUUAUAUGUACAUGAAUUGUUGUCAAAUUUUAGAUUUACAUAGUAAGAUCUGAAAAGAUACAAAAAGAUACAACAUAAUAUCUUGUUGAAAACUAUAUAAAAAAAAUUUAUUAAAAAAAUAUAUAAAAAAGAAAAAAAAGAGACAAAACGAGAAGCUUGAAGCUUUCUUAAGUAUAUGUAAACGUGUGUGCAAUCGCUAGAUGAAAUUAAUUAUUGCAAAAUAAAUUUAAUAAUAUAUGCCUUAUUGAUUGCUACAAAUAUUUAUGAGUGUUAUUAAGUGCAAUAUAUUGCUGUAUUAAGAAUUAAAUAAUAUCCUUAAAAAGGAGAUCUACUAUUACUUUGCAUACUUAUUUUGACUAUGUAUCAUACUGUAUAUCCUUCACAAAUGAUGGUGCAAAUAAUGAGUGGACAUCAAACAAAUGGACAGUGUCCAUCUUCGCAAACUCAUGCCAUACAUAUCAAUGGCGUAAAUGCACUGCAUCAGUCUGAUUUCACGCAGUAUGGUCCAAAUAUUACUACACAAAGACAUCGUGUUAUACAGACAGGAUCUCCGUUAGAUUUAUUACAACUAAUGGGAGUCAAUGUACCAUCAUUAAGAGGUAUGGAAUAUCUGCAACCAAGCAAUAAUUCAUCCUCUGCAAAUUGGGAAAGACGAAUAAUGCAUACCAACAACGCAUCAAUUAUACCAUUCUCAAACUACAAUUUCAAGCCUACAAAUAUCAAUUCGACAAAGAAACCAUGCUGGUAUAAUAAAAAUAGACGGAGUUCAUACAAGAAUUCCUUUUCAAAAUAUGAGGCCUACAAUAGUGACAGUGGGUUUAGUUCUCGAUCACCAACACCAAAUAAAUAUUAUAUUGACAAUAGUUUAACAGAGAGUUCAGAUGAACGAGAUUCUACAAGUUCAUUAAAAGGACAGUGGCUAAAUCGGAAGCAUCACAAGAUACAAUCUGAUAACGCACGUAACAAUUAUCAACGUCCCAUCAAUCAUGAUACUUCCAAUUCUACUCAAAGAUCUCGUGCACAAAAUUAUCACAACAAGAAAAGAUAUGUACCGACAAAAAAUAACAAUACGAUCAUUCAAAGGCAUCCACGAAACCGUAAAUAUCAUGAAAUGCCGAAUUAUGACGUCUUUCCUGGUUGUAUUACAACUCCUGAUAGAUUUCUUGCUAGAUCUCAUUUGCUAAUAGUGCCAAUAAAUGAUGUUCCAAAUGAUCUUCUGACUGACUCAUCGUGGGAUGAUUUAUCCAUGCAAAUUUGGCGUAAAUUUGUAGUAAAUCAACAAACCGAAGAUACUUAUAAGAAAAAAAUAAUGCUAUGGAAGCACCUUAAUACAUAUUUCAAGAGUAUACAUCAACAUUAUAAUAUAUUUUUUGUCGGCUCGACAAUGAAUGGAUUUGGUUCAAACGAUAGCGAUGUUGACAUAUGUCUUUUAGUGAAGGACGUGGACGUGGAUAAUAGAGAUAUGUCUUUGCACCAUUUACUGGAAAUAUAUGAUAAUUUCUCUCAAUGUGAUUUUGUCGACAGACUUAAUCUUAUACAUGCAAGAGUACCCAUUAUAACAUUCUAUGAUACAGUGCGAAAAUUUAAAGCUGAUAUGAAUUGUAACAAUUCUAUUGCCAUAAAAAAUACGCAUCUGUUGUAUUGUUAUUCAAAGCUUGAUUGGAGAGUAAAACCAUUAACACUUGUCAUUAAACUUUGGGCUCAAGUGCAUGACAUUAAUGAUGCAAAAAAAAAGACACUGUCUAGUUACUGCCUGUGCCUUAUGGUUAUACACUUCUUACAAUGUGGUACUAGCCCUCCCAUUCUACCAUGCUUACAUUCAAUAUUUCCAAAUAAAUUUCAAGAUAGAUGUAUUUAUAAUAUCGACAUACAUGAGGAAUUGAACAUUCCAUCUUCCAGUCAAUUGCCUAAGAACAAUCAGUCCCUUGGCGAAUUAUUAAUUGAAUUUUUCAAAUAUUAUAUGCAAUUCGACUUUGACCAGUAUGCAAUAUCUGUACGACUAGGAAGCAAGAUAUUAAAAACAUAUUGUUCUGAAGCUAGCGGUGAUUCUUAUCAAUGGAAAUAUCUGUGUAUUGAAGAACCAUUUGAUUUGUCUAAUGCAGCUAGAUCAGUGUAUGAUUAUGAUAUAUUCACAUUAAUAUUAUUUAUAAUGAAAAUGUCUUAUUCGACGUUAAAACGAAAUCAUAAUUUAGGCGAUGUGUUUCGCGAAUGGAAAAUUUGUUCAUUUGGUGAUGAUGGCAAUUGGGUGAGACUAUUGAGUGAUGAAGAAUGCUAAGAUUGUUUUAUGUGACAUGUUUAAUACCUUGUGAUAUUGAGUAUUAUUUUUAGAUAAUUUAUAAUAUCCGCAAGGUAUAAAGUUGUCUUCCAUAUUUAGUUCACAUUUCCCUUUUGGGGAGAUGUUGAUUAUUACAAAUAUAGAGAUGUAACAUUAUUA